UCCGCCUCUCAGCUGAAACCGCAGAAGGUCUUUCUCAGCCGGCCGGUUAGCAUCAUGGCGAACGUUGCGGACACCAGGCUAUACGACAUCCUCGGAGUUUCUCCCUCUGCAUCCGAAAACGAACUUAAGAAGGCCUAUCGUAAAUUGGCCAAAGAAUACCACCCUGACAAGAAUCCUGAUGCUGGAGACAAGUUUAAAGAAAUUAGUUUUGCAUACGAUGUACUGACAAACCCAGAGAAGAAGGACCUUUAUGAUCGCUAUGGAGAGCAGGGACUACGAGAGGGAGGAGGAGGAGGACCUGGCAUGGAUGACAUCUUCUCUCAUAUUUUUGGUGGAGGGCUGUUUGGGUUUAUGGGCGGACAGGGCCGAGGGCGUAACGGAGGCAAGAGGAGAGGAGAUGAUAUGGUUCACCCGCUGAAAGUUUCUCUUGAAGACUUGUACAAUGGCAAAACUACAAAACUGCAGCUCAGUAAGAAUGUGUUGUGUAGUGCCUGCAAUGGUCAGGGGGGUAAGGCAGGAGCCGUGCAGAAAUGUGUGGCAUGCAGAGGACGAGGAAUGAGAAUCAUGAUCAGACAGCUGGCUCCAGGGAUGGUUCAACAGAUGCAGUCAGUCUGCACAGACUGCAACGGAGAGGGGGAGGUAAUAAAUGAGAAGGACCGCUGCAAAAAGUGUGAGGGUCAGAAGGUAUCUAAGGAGACUAAACUUCUGGAGGUUCAUGUGGACAAAGGCAUGAAACAUGGACAGAAGAUCACAUUCUCUGGGGAAGCUGACCAAGCACCAGGUGUUGAACCAGGUGAUAUUGUUCUGGUGCUUCAAGAGAAAGAUCAUGAGGAGUUUCGGCGUGAUGGAAAUGACCUUCACAUGGUCCAGCGUAUCGGACUUGUUGAGGCUCUGUGUGGCUUCCAGAUGACAAUCACACACCUGGAUGGACGGCAGCUGCUUGUCAAAUACCCACCUGGCAAAGUUAUUGAGCCAGGAUGUACUCGAGUGGUGAAAGGAGAGGGAAUGCCUCAGUACAGAAAUCCAUUCGAGAAAGGAGAUCUUUACAUCAAGUUUGAUGUUCAGUUCCCAGAAAACAACUGGAUCAGCUCCGAAAAACUGAAUGACCUGGAGAAUUUGCUUCCUGCUCGUUCUGAAAACCCUGAUAUUGCCCCGGAUGCAGAGGAUGUUGAGCUGUCAGAUUAUGACAAGAGUCAAGGUUCUGGCAGUGGGGCCAGGAGAGAGGCCUAUAACGAUAGUUCUGAUGAUGAAGGGGGUCACCAUGGCCCAGGAGUGCAGUGUGCACACCAAUAGAAAGACUCAUCCAAAGACUUGCACACAAACAUGGUUUAGGUUUCAUUGCUAAUACCAUUCAAAACUUACUGCGCAUACACAUUUCCCUCCUUUUAUGAUUCCAGUGAAAAGGAGAUACACAAAAACAUAAAACAAUAAAAACAUAAUAAAACUCCAUCCUCAGCUCUAUUGUGCCCACCGCCACCUCGGACAGAUCUGGGUGCGUGACAGUUUUGUGUAACAAACAGUAGUGAUCGUCAUUUAUCUCCAGUGAGAAAUUGGUCUCAUUUUCAGAAGUUCAUUAAAGUGAACUCAACUUGAGCCUUUUCUGUCUUUCUAAUAUUUUACUUUUGUGAGGAAACCAGUCUAAUGUACAAAAUGCAAAUACUGUCAACUAUUUUGUAAAAUAUGUAAUUUGGUCAAUCGCACACAUGCAUGUACCUUCUCUCCAAACAGCUUGUAGAGUCCAAACACAAGUGAAAUCUGUCAGACUUUAGUGUGUUCCUGCUAUGAAGUGCCCUGUUGCCACAUGAGCUAACCUGAUUCCAUCUCUGCAUAGCCUGAGAGCCAAACAUCUGACCUGCCACCACCUCUGAGGUGAACUCUCCUUCAUUUGUUCUAUUUGCUGGUUUUGUUCAGUUUCAAGCUGUCACUCGCACACAAUUAAAGCUCUGAGUAUAUGGCCUGUCAGACAAUAUGCUUGUUUCUUUUUUUGUUGUUGUUGGGAAGUUAAAAUUCUUUGUUGCUGUGAAUGUUAGUGUUUGAAUCCUCAGAUUUUGAAGUUAUGUACUCAUUACUGGAGUUGAUCCACUUUGUGUGUGG